UCAAUUUGAAUCCGUAAUCUUAAAUAGCUCAUGAAACAUUUAACAGAAAUGCAGUUGUUGAAUCGGAUGAAUAGAUACUAAGUGAGAGGGAAACUAUUGCCUGGUCAAACGUGUGAAACCUCAUCUGAUGUUAGCAGUGUUCAACUGGUUAACUUCCUCCCACUCGAUCUCUGCAUUCCUCAACUCGUCCUAAGAAACUCACACUCAAACGUGACGGUUUCUGCCGCUUUAUGCAUUAUAAAAUCCUGAGACUGAGGCUGAAUUUCUGAGACGGUCCACUGAGACGGAUGAAGAUCUGUAUGAUGCAAGUGACAUCACGCUGUGUUGUGAUGUUUUUCUGGACUGCUGUGUGUGUGAGAACACAGGAUCCUCUGGCAUUAAACUCCAGCAGCGGUGUGGAUAUCAAAACUAAUGCAACUAAUGCAACACCACUGUGUAUUCCCAUCGGAGACAACCCGCAACCUAAAUGUGAUAUAAAUGCAAAUCUGCAAAAAGAUGACAUCUCCAGUAGGCCUACUGAAAACAACACCACUCCAGUGCCAUUGAGUGCAACUACUGAGUCAGUCCGGACUACAGCCUUAACCACAACAGUCGUCAUUCCAACAACUCUGGAAUCAAAUUCAACAACCACGUCAAAUGCAGCAACAAGCACUCCUAUGGUAACGUUACAUCAGUCUCCAAAUUCACCUGAAGACAGUAACUUCACAAGUAAAACACCAACACAGAGUCUCAUGAGAGUGGAUGAAAUGGUGCAUAAAAUUCAGGAAGAUGAGCAGAAUGCAACCAAAUCUACAAACUGCGCUUUUAACCCCUGCGUUCACCUCCAGUACACUUGCUUUAACCGACCCAACCCGACAUGCACCUGUCGUGGCGUGACCUCAAGCUCCCAGCCUCCCAACAGCCCGACCUCGCUCAGUGUCACUUUGGUUACUCACAACUUAGUGCAAGUUAAAUGGUGUGCUCCUUACUCACCGGUACUGGAGUACUUGUUAGUUGUCAGACACGGAGGUUUAGUGCAGAAGAACAUGAGUUUCAGUUCUGCUUUCCGUCAGGUGUUCAUAUCAAAUCUAACUGCUGAUCACAUCUAUCAUAUCUGCGUUCAGGCCGUGAACCGCGCAGGAUCAUCAGGCCCGAAAUGCGCCUCGGUCCGGAUGGGUUUAAACACACAGGUGUUUUUAUACAGUCUGUUAGCAGUGUGUGGAGUCCUGAUGCUGACUGUGAUAGUACUGAGUGUCUGUCUGUAUAAACAGUGUAAGAAAUUACCAGUGGAGAACCCACAUCUGACCCGGUUAAUCUCCAUCCCCAAUCCAGCGUUCUUCAACUCAUAAGAAAGGAGUGGGGGAACUUACCUUUUCACAUGCAUCUGCAUGUGAGAAGACCUGGCAUAUACAGUGGAAAUUAAUGGAAAAUGCUCUCUAAAUAAGAGUUUAUUAGAUAUUUAUUUAGCUAGAAGUAUUUCCCUGAAGUUAUAGCUAUAAAUAAUAACAUAUAUAUUGUUAAAUCUUACCUGCAUAUGGUGCACAUGACACCCACUAAAAUCCUGCGAUUGGCCAGAACCUUGCGCAUUUAUAAAAUACAUUUGAUUUUACGCAUAAAUGUAUUCAAACACAACCAAAUUAAAAUAUAAAUUAAAUUUUGACAGAGUCAGGUCAAUGAAAUCACUGCAAUGUUAUUACUGUUAACUAAACAAAUAAACAUUAAACAUUUUUAAAAUUAAUUUACAUAACUGUUUACUAAGAUAAACUAAAAUAUUUUACAAAAUUAGACUUUUUUUAUAAGAAAUGUGCAAAAUGUCUUCAUGGAACAUAAUCUUUACUUAUUAGCCUAAUGAUUUAUGGCAUAAAAAAAAAAAAAAAUAAUAAUAAUAAUUUUGAUGUAAUUUUGGCUAUUGCUACAAAUAUACCCAUGCUACUUAUGAUUGGUUUUGUGGUCCAGGGUCACAUACAUAUUGUUAAACCUUACCUGCAUAUGGUGCAUAUGACACCCACUUACGUCCCACUAUUGGCCAGAACCUUGUGCAUUUAUAAAAACCAGUAAAAACAAAAAAAACUAAAACUUUAUAUAAAAUUAAAAUUGAAAAAAUAAAAAUAUAAAACUACAUGCCAUUACAUUUAAAAAAACAAAAAGGUAAAAUAUAUAAAAAAAAGUUAAAAUAGUAAUAAAAAAAAACUACAAAUUAAUCAUAUGAAAAUAAUACUGUCAAAACAAAAAAUAAAGAAAGAUAAAUGCUUUUAAAUAUUUAAUGACUACUAUUAUUACUAUUAUUUAUAGUUUUAUGCUCAGUCUAAAUCAACUACUUCAAUAGAAAAGCAAAUUUCUCAUUUCAGUUUUUACUUUGCAAUUCACAAUCUUGAGCAAUUUGGACUCUUAGCUAAUAUGUGACCAUGGACCACAAAACCAGUCAUAAGGGUAAAUUUCUUCAAAUUAAGAUUUAGACAUCAUCUGAAAGCAAAAUUAAUGCUUUGCAUUGAUGUAUGGUUUGUUAAAACAGGACAAUAUUUGGCUGAGAUACAACUAUUUGAAAAUUUGGAAUCUGAGGGUGCAAAAAAAACUUAAAAUAUUAAAAAAAAAAAAAAAAAAAAAAAAAAACGCCUUUAAAGUUGUCAAAUAAAGUUCUUAGCAAUGCAUAUUACUAAUCAUAAAUUAAGUUUUAUAUAUUUACGGUAAGACAUUUACAAAAUAUAUUCACGGAACAUGAUCUUUACUUAAUAUCCUAAUGAUUUUUGGCAUAAAAGAAAAAUAAAUUUUGAGCCAUGCAAUGUAUUUCUGGCUACUGCUACAAAUAUACUUGUGCUACUUAAGGUCAUAUAUUAAUAUAACUACUUCACCUAAUCAUUGUUUAGACUGUUUUCUAUUUCUCAGACUCUGUAUUUCUGCUCAAAGGAAACAAGGUUGUAUACUGCGAAUAUGCUGAAAAAUAUUCAUCUCCUACCUUUC